UGUAGGAAAGUUAUAGAGUUCACAAACUAUGGGAUAUAUCUGAAAGCCCAAAAAUGUCAGAACAGUACAGAUAUCCCCCAAAUGUCAGGACAGUACAGAUAUCCCCCAAAUGUCCGGACAGUACAGAUAUCCCCCCAAAUGUCAGAACGUACAGAUAUCCCCCAAAUGUCAGGACAGUACAGAUAUCCCCCCAAAUGUCAGACACAGUACAGAUAUCCCCCAAAUGUCAGAACGGUACAGAUAUCCCCCAAAUGUCAGAACAGUACAGAUAUCCCCCAGAUGUCAGAACAGUACAGAUAUCCCCCAAAUGUCAG